AUGGGUUGUUGGUGCAGUAAAAAUCCAACACCAUCGAAUCCCGUCCCUGAUGAAGAGACCACCAUAUUGGGAAAGCCAUUGGAACACAUCAAUAAGUUUUAUAGCCUGGGGAAGAAACUCGAUGUAUGUGAUCUUGCUGCAACCUACAUGUGCAAGCAGUUUUCUACGGGCAAGACUUACGCCUGCAAAUCCAUACGCAAGAGGUUGCUAAGCAGCCAGGAAGAGAAGGAGGUUGUGAAGACAGAGAUUGAGAUUAUGAACCGGUUGAUAGGAGAGCCCAACAUCGUACAGAUCAAGGGUUGUUACGAGGAUAGAAGUUUCGUACACAUCGUGAUGGAUUUGUGUACUGGUGGGGAUUUAUUCGACAGGAUCGGGAAACUGGUCAACGACCAGAGCUAUUACUCGGAGAAGGAUGCUUCUCAAAUCGUCCGGUCGAUUAUGAAUGCUGUGCAAAGUUGUCAUUCGAAGGGUGUUAUACAUCGGGACAUCAAGCCCGAUAACUUUGUGCUCUCAAGUAACAAUGAAGAUGCUACGUUCAAAGCAAUCGGUUUCGAGAGUUCUGUUUGCAUCAAAGAAGGAGAAUUUGUUGAGGGUUUAGGAGGCAGUGAUUUCUACACAGCUCCUGAAGCAUUACAAGGAUCCUAUGGGAAGGAAAUUGAUAUUUGGAGUGCAGGUGUCAUUUUAUACGUCCUACUCAGCGGCGAAUUCCCAUUUAAAAGUGUGUAUGAGAUUACGACUGGCCAAUUUGAUUUGUAUAGCGACCCAUGGCCUUCUAUAUCUUUGUCCGCAAAACGCCUUAUCCAGAUGAUGCUCACCAGUGACCCAAUGAAACGAAUCUCUGCUGCAAAGGUUCUUGGCCUAAAAGCUGAAGAUAAGCCUAUUGAUAAUGCUAUCUUAUCCCGUAUGAAAAAAUUCCGAGCUGUUAACAAGAUUAACAAGCUAGCUCUUAAGGUUAUUGCGGAGAGUAUAUCGGAAAAGGAAAUCAAAAGUCUAAAAUCAAUGUUUGCCAGCAUGGAUACCGACAAAAGCGGGACAAUCACUUAUGAAGAGCUCAAAAUUGGGCUGAAUAGACUUGGAUCUAAACUCUCUGAAACUGAAGUUAAAGAACUUAUGGAAGUCGCUGAUGUGGAUGGUAAUGGAACACUAGAAUACCUCGAGUUUAUCCCAGCGAUGAUGCAUAUAGAGAGAAGAAACAUGGCUAGAGAGGAUCACUUAUACAAAGCAUUUCAAUACUUCGAUGUAGACAACAGUGGGUACAUAACGAUGGAUGGGUUGGAGAGAGCCAUGAAGGAGCAUGGUAUGGGAGAUGAAACAAGUGCAAAACAAAUUAUGUCGGAAGUCGAUACAGAUAAUGAUGGAAGAAUAAACUAUGAUGAAUUUUGCGCUAUGAUGAAAAAUGGCACAAUGCAGCCACAAGGAUAA